CUUCACUCCAAACACUAGCCACACGAUGUCAGAUUCCGAUUCAGAAGGUGGAGUGCCCCUGAUUGAGGCUGCGUUUGAUCCCACAUCAACCUCGAAGAAGAGAAAGGCCGAGGCUGAGCCCGAGGCAAGCAAAGACAACAAGAAGGCCGCGAAGAAGGCAAAACGGAAGGAAAAGAAAAAGCAGAAAGCAAAAGAGAUUGACGAGGACGAUUUGGAUCAAGAGCUGGGAGUGAAUCACUCGUUUGAGCGGAUGGAUGGUCAGCUGCUUGCAGACUAUGUAAAUGCGCGAACAAGGCUUUAUGGCAAGGACUUGAGUAGUGUUGAGCUCGAAGACAAGUUCAUAUCUGCACGUACCGUACAAGACAGUACCAGCUGGAGUGAGCCGCGGACUACAGACAAUCUUUCCGCGUUUAUCAAAAGGCAUUCAAGUACGCUGAAGGCCACGCCGUCCAAACCUGCGGGAGCACCACAUACUAUUGUGGUCACCGCAUCCGGAAUCCGAGCUGCCGAUGUGUGCAGGUCGCUCAAGUCCGGGCUGCCCAAACAGGGUACCAAGGAUCUCAAUGUCGCCAAGUUGUUCGCAAAGCACUUGAAGCUCGCCGACCAAGUGGCACACUUGAAGAAGAACAAGAUUGACUUUGGCGUGGGAACACCAGACAGACUGUCCGCACUGUUGGACGAGAAGGCGUUGUCGGUAGCCAACCUGAAGCGGGUGCUCGUUGACGUCUCGUACAUUGACCAGAAGAAGCGGGGCAUUCUCGACAUGAAGGACCUGCACGAGGCGCUGCUUAAGUUCCUACUGAGGAAAGAGUUUGUGGGAGAAGAGAGACAGGGUGGCGACGGCCUGUUCCUCUUCUACUGAUUCUUUAGUGAAGUGAUUGUUAUAGAGGCGAACGAUACCCCUUGAAUAGUUAGAAACGAGGUCAGUCUACAAUUGAAACUCCUCGUAACAGAUGGUAUAUCCAACACGAUGAUUGUCGUGCGU